AUGCUGCAUGGAGCGACCCUCCGCCGCCACGACCCCAUGCGCCUGGUCCUGCCGAGGCACCUCCCGCAACUGAUGUCCCUGGAGGACCAUGAGCCCGCCGCGCUGGAAGGGACACUGGGACCCCGCAACUCCACGGCGGCGGGGGAGCCGGACGGGCCCGCGGGCCCGCAGCAGCACUCCUUCCCCUGGGCGGUGACCCUGCUGGCCGGCGUGCUCAUCACCACCAUCGUGGUGGACGUGAUCGGGAACCUGCUGGUCAUCGUGUCCGUGUUCAGGAACCGCAAACUCAGGAAAGCAGGAAACGCCUUCGUGGUGAGCCUGGCCCUCGCCGACCUGGUGGUGGCCAUCUAUCCGUACCCGCUGGUGCUGACCGCCAUCUUCCACGACGGCUGGAUCGCCGGAUACAUCCACUGUCAGAUCAGUGGCUUCCUCAUGGGCCUCAGCGUGAUCGGCUCCAUCUUCAACAUCACCGGCAUCGCCAUCAACCGCUACUGCUACAUCUGCCACAGCCUCAAGUACGACAAGCUGUUCUCCAGCAGCAACACGCUGUGCUACGUGCUGCUGGUGUGGGCGCUCACCAUCCUCGCCAUCGUGCCCAACUGGUUCGUGGAGUCGCUGCAGUACGACCCUCGCGUCUACUCCUGCACCUUCGCCCAGUCGGUGAGCUCGCUCUACACCAUCACGGUGGUGGUGGUGCACUUCAUCCUGCCCAUCGCCAUCGUCACCUACUGCUACCUGCGCAUCUGGAUCCUGGUCAUCCGGGUGAGGCGCCGGGUCAAGCCGGACUCGCGACCCAAGAUCAAACCGCACGACCUCCGGAACUUCCUCACCAUGUUCGUGGUGUUUGUGCUCUUCGCCGUGUGCUGGGCGCCGCUCAACCUGAUCGGCCUGGCGGUGGCGCUGGACUCCAGGCUGAGCAGGGCCAUCCCCGAGUGGCUCUUCACCGCCAGCUACUUCAUGGCGUACUUCAACAGCUGCCUCAACGCCGUCGUCUACGGCGUCCUGAACCACAACUUCAGGAAGGAGUACAAGAGGAUCGUCCUCAUCAUCUUCAAGUUCCACUGCUGAGACC